AUGUUGAACGCGUUGGAGAUGAACACAUUCCAGCUCCCUACCUACCACCCAGCCAGCAUGGAACCCACAACGAAAGAAGCUCCUAUUAAGGGGGAUCCUGAAAGAGCUGCUGAUCAAUUAGACCCUCCUAAGCCACCCCAAAAACACAAACAGAAGCUGGAAGAAGUCAUGGCACAUAUCCCAUCUUUGAAAUCUCGAUGUUGGGAGGAAUUUCAUAUGUACUAUGAAGGAAUGGAAUCUUACCUAACUAGGUUAGCUGAAAAUAAGGUUUCCUACAUUACCCUUUACCUUCGAUUACCAAAACCCACCCCUAUGAACCAAUUAUAUUACGUAUAUAAUAUACACUAG